AUGAAAGCGUGCUUUGUUUUACUCGCCUUGGUAGCCGUUGCCUGCUCGGCACCUCAGCAGCGCAAGCUAUUCCAUGAACAUUUUGAAGAUUUUCUAAUCGUUAUAGGAGAGUCUGCAGGCCAGGAAUUGACAGAGCUUGCGGAGAAAUACUUUGAGUUUGAAGAGUUCCGGGCAACUAUCGACUAUAUAGCGAGUACAGAUUUUAAAAAUCUCGUUUAUGAGAUGGAGUCACUACCGGAAUUCAAAGCUGUAAUCGAUUUCUUGGAAGCGAACAAUAUCGAUAUUUUAUACUUCAUCGAUAGAUUCAACACUCUGCUUGAGGAAGGACCAGGUGGUCCUCCUAUGUCAAAGGGUGCACGUGUAGAACCUAGUGGAACAGAUUUUACAUCGUUUAUCAAAGAUAACAUUGACUUGUUCCCGAAAGACGAUCUCUUUGCUCUGUUUGAACAGAAGAUCGCUGAAGAUGCAGAUUUUAAGUCAGCCUUCGAUAAUUUGAACAGUGAUGAGUGGAGAGAGAUCUUUGGUGCUUUAUGGGAGAGUGAACAGUUUUUGGCUGAAGUUCAAACUUUGGCUGACAAUGGAAUCGAUGUUGGAAUCCUUCUUUAUGAAAUUGUGGCAAUCUUUGGACUCAAUUAA